CGACUCCAUGCCACUACAGUAAACUAGAUAUUAUUACACUUCGUUGCCACUGCUGGAUUCUCCAAUUAAACAAAGGUGUUCGGAGAAACCAAAUCAACCUGAAAUUCCGAUGAACCGGAAAAAAACUCGACGACACCGUCUUCCCUCGAGAUCGACGGCUAAUAAACAAGGAGACAACGACAAUUCCACACAGUCAGAAGUUCCGAUUCGUGCAGCAAUGAACCAAAUCGAAGAUCCUCCAAACCCUAAUCUACCGGAACGUCUCUUACCCGUCGAUAGCUACUCAGACGGAGCACGUCUUAACAUAUACUCGAGACCAGAGUACCUCGGUACAAUCGCUACACUUCUCAAAGGAUCUAAAGAAUGGGAACAAAUCAAGAAUUCACAAUUCGGUAAACUCUUCCAACUCCCUGUAGCUCGAUGCUCACAUUCAGGUAAACUGUUACACGGUUUGCUCUCCCGACAGCUCGUAACAGAAAAGAAACACGAGAUAUGGUUCGUGUUCGGUGGUCACCCAAUGCGUUUCUCUAUAAGAGAGUUUCACAUUGUGACUGGUCUUCGUUGCAGUGAGUUACCAACACAAGAUGAGGUAGACAAGCAUAAGGAUCGGUACUUGUCUGUGUGGCAUAGGCUGUUUGGAAAUAAAACCAUGGUUACGGUCGCAGAUGUGUUGGAUAUGUUGUUACAAAACGAUAAAACGACAGAUAAGAAGAAGCAGUUUUCGUCUUGGAAAAAGCUUUGUCUUGCUCUCAUUGCGAUUGUGGAUGGUGUUGUUGUAUGCCAUGACCAAAGCUUUGUUAGUUCUGAGUUUGUGGAGAUGUUGAAUGAUGUUGACUACUUUUUGGAUUACCCCUGGGGGAGGUUAGCUUUUACCGCGACCAUUCGUCGUUUCGGGCCGCCUAAGGAUGCGACUAAUCCGAUUGGGAAGCUUAAGAAGCGUCUGAAACAGAAGACGAGUGCAUGUUACGGUUUUCCUCUAGCGUUACAGUUACAAGCUCUUGAAUCCAUUCCGGUUAUAUUGGAGAGGAUUAAAGAUCCGUUGGAUCUUCGUAACUUCACUGAGAGGUCAGCUGAAGGGUUGUCAUUCGCAGUUUUGCUUCAUGAGACUAAAUUACACAACGCUGAGGUUGAUGACAAGCUUCUGGUUGCACAUACAUUGGAUCCUAAGGGAAUAAUUAACGAAACAGAGUUGGUUUGGGAAACAGAGGUUUCUGAUCCUAAGGUGGAUUUCAUGUUGAAACUGAUCAACGAGGGACAUGUUUUCAAACCGUUUGAAUGGCCAGUCUUGAAAGCAGCAAAUCAAGAGGUUAAUAUUCAAGAAAAGCGUAUUCUAGAUAAGGCGAAGCCUAAACAUUUUACUAGGUGUUCUAUGAAGGAGAAGGAAGUUUUCAAGCCUCCUACUAACAUCCACAAACAUACUUCUCAGAAAAAACCAACGGCCAAAGUUCAUGUUGGUGGAGAAAGUAACGACCCCGGGUACGUCACGCUUGCUCACUUGGAUGACAUGAAGGAGUGGAUACUGAAACAGAAUGAAGACCUUAGAAACAAGAUUAGGGAGGACGUUACAGAACUUGUUGGUUCCAAAUCACAUUCUCAAGAUGACACACCUGAAGGAGGAGCAUCUAAUCUUCGCCGAUCAAACGGGCUUAACACCAACUGUUUGGAAAUGAUGGCUAACACUGAUGCAACCCCUACAGAAACUCGAAAACGCAAACGGGUAGAGGUUCACUCUAUAUCAACUAGAAGUGAGUCAGCUUGUGACAUUGAAGGUGGAAAGGAUGUUCAGUGUCUAGGGACACAGGCUAGGGAAGGUGGAGAGGGUGUUCAGAGUCUAUGGAAUGAAGACGGAAAUGCGCAAAGCUCUGGUACAUUUGAUCAGUAUGAUGAUUAUGGAGAUGCUCUAAAGAUCACUCAGGAAGAUGAUUUGAUGCAGGAAAUUAACGACUCUGGUCACUGUCCAAAUUGUGUGAAGACGAAAGAAUCAAUGAUGAGAGAGAUAGAAAAUCUUAAACUGAGUCUUCAAUUGUACCAAGGACAUAGCCUGAAUCAUUUAAACUACGACGAGCUCCUUCGUUUCGAGAUCCAACUUGAAUCUUCUCUGCAUAAUGCUCGUAAGUUUGAGUUCAUGCGGCAGCAGCAACAAACAGACAAGUAUAAGGGAAAGGGAAAGGAAAUACUCAUGGAUGAAGGAAGCACACAGUUAUCCAAUCCGGUACGUGCCUUGGAGUGUCAAAGGCAAGAAGAUGAUGACAUCAUGCACCGGCAAGUGAAGAAGGAGUUCCCUUCUUGCGGUGAGGAAGCCACCGGCGUUCGUCACCUCCCCCAGCUGCCACAAGACUGGGCUCAAACUAAGGCCGGGCAUUGGGCGUGUUCGUUUCGUUGAUGCAGGCGGCUGCGGCAGCGACUGCGGCAAACGCAAUCUUUUUGAUCGCCGCAACUAAUCGACAUCCAAAAUUAGAAUCAGCGUUCCCCGUAGCGUCUUGCCGCAAGCACCUGCGGCAACCAAACGAACAACAAUACAUGCGGUGACGAAACGAACAGGCUCAUUGUCUCGUUAAUAAUCAGAUAAUAACAGACAGCUAGUUAAUAUAUCCGGUUAUUGUCUUUGCUGACUUCUAAUGGACAUUGACCAUGCUUUGAGGUUCAACAACAAAAAAAACUCUUAUCCUCAUGAAGUUGUAGCAUCACAACUUGGUAAUUAGUAGUAGCUGUUUCUUUUUGAUUUUUCUUCUCCAUUUGCUUAACAAUAUUUGUGUCAAUUAAAUUUAGAAACAGAAGCUCAUUUGCCUCGA